CCUCACACCUUCAGCCGGGGUCAAAUUUCUCGGGCGAAUCGGAGCAGCCUCUCCGGGAAACGGAUCUUCACGAACCAAACACACAGUGGAGUCCAGCGCGACGCCGAGACCCGCUCUCUGGAUGUAUACGGUUUUUCUGCGGCCUUUCUUUCCCCUCCAGAAUGACGACGAUGUAAAACUCGGGGUCUGGACUCGUUGGUGAAUCCAGGAGGAUACAGAUUAAAGUCGUGAAUGAGUCCCGCUGGCUGCAGAUCCCCGAGCAGUGACCGUUUUGGGGCCGCAGCUGAGAGAGACCGAGGGCGCCGGACAACGCGGAAACUGCAGUGUUUGCUCCCCCGCUCGACAUGAACCUCAUCGGGGGCUACCAGCAUCACCACCACCUGAUGCACGAACCAUUCCCGUUCGUGCAGCGGUGUCACCAGGACGCGCCCUACUUCCAGAGCUGGGUGGUGAACCACGGCGAGGUGCCCCCGGACUUCCAGAUCCAGGCGCCCUACCCGGCCGCGGAGCUCGGAGCGCCCGGAGCGACGCACGACGCCCGGCUGGAGGGGCUGCAGGCGGGGAUGGGAAAGAGGAGAGCGUCGGGGCCGAAGAAGGAGCGCCGGAGGACUGAGAGCAUCAACACGGCGUUCGCGGAGCUGCGGGAGUGUAUCCCCAACGUCCCCGCGGACACCAAACUGUCCAAAAUUAAGACUUUACGCCUGGCGACCAGCUACAUCGCCUACCUGAUGGACGUCCUGGCCAAAGACUCCGGGGAGACGGAGGGCUUCAAGGCCGAGAUCAAGAAAAUCGAGAACCGGGAUCUGAAAAGGAAACGAGAUCUGACUGACGGGCUGCAGGACUCUUUAGGAGCCGAGAAGAAGGUGAAGGGCCGGACCGGGUGGCCGCAGCAGGUCUGGGCUCUGGAGCUCAACCAGUGACCCCCCUCCCUCCUCCUCCUCCUCCUCCUCCUCCCCCUCCUCCUCCUCCUCCUCCUCCUCCUCCUCUUCAUCCCUAAAACCGAUUCAGAGACUCUGGAUCAGAUUGUUUUGUUGUUUGUUUUUUUUAAAAACCACUGACUGACUGAACUUGAACACACCGCUGUGCACGUGCAAUGAUGCGCAAAAAAAGGGGGAGAGAAUGAAAGGAGAACACAAACUGCGGACGCAAGCACCGCGGUGGACGCUCGUUUUGUUGACCCUCGUUUCUCCUGGUGUGGUUUCUGAAGUCCACUCACAGAUCUGACUGUAGGUGUUUGCUAUUUGUGGUAUUUCUGCUUUGUUGAUGUUUCCACCCCUCCAGUACUGGAGACCACAUGUUGCCAUUGUGUCAAAAAAAAAAGUCAAAAAACAUCUGUCUCCCCCUGAAGAAAACGUGUUGACCUGGCUCUGGUGUGGUGGCUGUUUUCCACUAAUCUGAUGCCGCUGAAGCAGAAAAAGAAUAAAUGAUGAUAAACGAUAAGUGGAGUAAAAGCAGAGUAGGGGUCUGAGAAAAAACCGCCGAUGCAGAAGUUCAAAAACGACCUUUUCUUUUAUUUGAACUUUAUUUAUGGCGCGUAAAAACCCGCUGUUUGGCGCUAAUUGUGUCAGAAAUAACACAAACACAGCACAACAGAUUUCAUUACUCAUUAUAAACCUUACUGCUUCUACUGGUGGAUUGUUGUGCAAUCAGAAACCAGCUCAGUUAUCUUAAGUCUUAAUUAUGUUUCAUUAAUUUCAACAUAAACAGCUGUGUUCUAAAUACAUCGCCUUCUAUUUUAGCGUGUUCGAAGUUGUUUAAUUUCCAUUUGGCAUUGGCCGAAAUAAAUUAUCACGGCGGGAAAUAUUGUUGCACAAAUCCUCCUAUAGGCUAAUUAUUUUGCAGUUAAAAAUUUACAAGUGAUAACAUUUAUAUAUAUAUAUACGUAUGGCAUAAAUGGUCCUAUAUAGGCCUAUAGGCCAUGAUAUAAAUGACAGAUAGUUAGGAUUUGUGCAAAAAUAAAGUCUAUAUAUAUAUAUAUAUAACAAUUACAGUGGAGCAUAAAUGACAUAUACAGGAUUUAUCCCAAAAAAAUAAAAAGGACAAUGAAUAAAAAUACAAAAAGAUGAUCUUAAUUUUACAACAUUAAUUAAUUGACCACUCAGUCAGUUAACUAAUACCUGAUAAUGACUAAUUUAUACCGUAAUAACCGGAUAUGUUCGAUAGGGUUAGGUUACGUUUUUCUCUGACGUCAUGCCGUGUCAAAAUUGAAAAAAUAAAAUAAAACAAAAUAAAAAAAAAUGUAAACACUGUAUCUGGCGGGAACACAGAGUCCAGUGGAAACACAUUUUGAGGGGAGACUUUUUUUUUUUUCAUCCCACUGAAUUUGGCGCAAAAACAUGUAAAACACGUGACGAUGAUUAUGAAUCCAGUCAGUCGCAGUCAGAUCUCAGAUGGAGCCCGGGCUGUGUCAACUCUUGAGGCUGUUGUUGUUGUUGUUGUUUGCUGUUUGUUGUUUGUUGUAGAAAAUGACUGAAUAUACUGAACUGAACUGAAUCUACCUCAAAUUUAAAAAUGUCACUGUCCGUUUAGAGAAGAGGGAAAACAACAUUUUGACACCGGAUGUUGAGUUGACGCACAAACACGACAACAAAGAAGAUUCAAGGUUUAUUACUGUGCGACAUGUUGAUGGCGAUGUACAUUAGAUGUGAAGUUAUAUAUAGUUCCGUAAAUAAAUGAAUUAUUUUAAGACACUCGA